AAGGAAAGGAAGUGGAAAGCAGAGGAGACGGAGAAAGGAGAAAGGAGAAAGAAGCAGAGAUGUCGUUCAUGAAAGGAGAUCUAUUAACCAAAACUAGAAAGCUCGUCAAAGGGUUAGCGAGGGCCGAGCCUGUUUGGCUCAAAGCCAUGGAACAGGCUCCGCCUGCAACAUUUCCUCGUGCUGAGGGAAAAGUUCAAAAGAUUAGCCUCCCAGAGGAUGUCUACGUGCAGAAGUUCUUCAGGAGGCAUCCAGAGUCGAAACACGAAGAUGCCAUCAAAAUUGCUGGUUAUAAUCCACCUCCAGCCCGUUUAUUUGGCUUGCGGGUGCUUGAGUUGAAAGAGCAAGGAGUUAGUGAGGAGCAAGCCAUUUCUGUAGCUGAUAUGGAAUACCGAGCCGAGAAAAAGGCAAGAAAGAAGGCAUAUGCUCAAUUGAAAAAGGUUUGUCGUCUUCAGGGAAACAGAAUUCCUCCAAACCCAUAUCCUAGUGCUAUCAAGGAAAUACAAGCUGAGGAAAAAAGGUUUGUCCAUGCACGUUUCUUUAAUCGUGACAUUCUGCAACUUUGCGAGAAGCUGAAAGAGCAGAGGAAAGCUGAGAUGGUGGGAGAAAGAGAGGGUAGCUGGGAAAGGGAAGGUGGCUGGUAUGACUGAAACGUUCUUGAAAACAUGUUUCCACCUUCUGCUUCUGCCAUUUGAGUUGCAGUAACCUUCAUUUUGGAAGCCAGCUGCUGGAGAUUUCUGUCUUAUUUCAGCUGAACCCUUUGUGACACAAAAAUGUUGCCCAAAUGUUCGGACCCUAGUAUCUGAUCACAAUUUUCGUUUUAGAUUCUUUAUUGAGGCUUAUACAUGGAGAUUUUCCGGACAUCUAGAUGGUCGUUACUAGUGUACAAUAAUAAGUCUAGAGAUGCCAUUGAUAGAGAGUUUGAGUACCAUACUUCUAUCUUGGAAGUGUCUGUCUCGUUUUCUUAUUGCAUUGUGGUUGUAUGCUGGUGUCUGACUUGAAAAUGAAGAUACAGACUGCUGUCAUCAAUGGAUGUCACAUGGAAGAUGAUUUUUGUCAAA